AUGGACCCAGCCGGCUUCCUGCUCCUCUGUCUAUGGUCACUGUGGACCUUGGGAUGCAGCCAAGCAGCUACACAAGCCGACUCGAUCAAGAUAGAAGGGGACAUCACGCUCGGAGGGCUGUUCCCCGUCCACUCCCGUGGCCCCGCUGGAGUACCGUGUGGGGAUGUGAAGAAAGAGAAGGGGAUCCAUCGGAUGGAGGCCAUGCUGUACGCCCUGGACCAGAUUAACAGUGACCCCGACCUGCUUCCCAACAUGACGCUGGGCGCUCGCAUCCUGGACACCUGCUCCCGGGACACCUACGCCUUGGAGCAGUCGCUGACGUUUGUCCAGGCUCUGAUCCAGAAGGACACUUCUGGCGUGCGCUGCUCCAACGGGGAGCCACCCAUCAUCGCCAAGCCCGAGCGUGUGGUGGCUGUCAUUGGGGCCUCUGCCAGCUCCGUCUCUAUCAUGGUGGCCAAUGUGCUUCGCCUCUUUGCCAUCCCCCAGAUCAGCUACGCCUCCACGGCGCCUGAGCUCAGUGACAGCAACCGCUACGAUUAUUUCUCCCGUGUGGUGCCUCCGGACUCCUACCAGGCCCAGGCCAUGCUAGACAUUGUCAAAGCAAUGGGCUGGAAUUACGUCUCCACGCUGGCCUCCGAGGGCAACUACGGAGAGAGCGGCGUCGAUGCCUUCAUGCAAAUCUCCCGUGAGGCUGGUGGAGUCUGUAUCGCCCAAUCCAUCAAGAUCCCACGAGAACCCAAGCCAGGAGAGUUUGACAAAAUGAUCAAGAGGCUGAUGGAGACCCCCAAUGCUCGUGGCAUCAUCAUCUUCGCCAACGAGGACGACAUCAAGCGAGUGCUGGAGGCUGCACGCCGGGCCAACCUGACCGGCCAGUUCCUGUGGGUCGGAUCUGACAGCUGGGGCUCCAAGAUCUCUCCUAUUCUGAAGCAAGAAGAGGUGGCUGAAGGAGCCGUCACCAUCCUCCCCAAGCGAGCUUCUGUGGAAGGUUUUGACCAGUACUUCACCACACGCUCCUUAGAGAACAAUCGGCGCAACAUCUGGUUUGCUGAGUACUGGGAGGAAGAUUUCCGAUGCAAACUGACUCGUCCAGGGUUGCAGCCUGAUGAAGGGGCACGGAAAUGUACUGGCGACGAGCGGAUUGGAAGAGACGCAACGUACGAACAGGAGGGGAAGGUGCAGUUUGUCAUUGAUGCCGUCUAUGCCAUGGCUCACGCCUUGCACAACAUGCACCUGGACCUCUGCCCAGGCCACAUUGGGGUGUGUGAAAAGAUGGACCCCAUCCAGGGCCAGACUCUGCUGCGCUACAUCCUCGCCGUCAACUUCAAUGGCAGCGCUGGGACACCUGUGAUGUUCAACGAGAACGGAGAUGCGCCCGGCCGCUAUGACAUCUUCCAGUACCAGCUGACAAACACCUCGGCCCCCGGGUACAGGGCGAUUGGGCAGUGGACAGAAUACCUACGUCUGAACAUUGAUGACAUGCAGUGGUCAGGCGGCCAGAAGGAGAUCCCGUCCUCCGUGUGCAGCCUUCCCUGCAAUCCCGGCGAGAGGAAGAAGAUGGUGAAGGGCGUGCCCUGCUGCUGGCACUGCGAACUCUGCGAUGGCUACCAGUACCAGCUGGACGAGUUCAACUGCGAGAUGUGCCCCUUCGACAUGAGGCCCAACCUGAACCGCACAGCCUGCCGCCCGACCCCCAUCGUCAAGCUGGAGUGGAGCUCCCCCUGGGCCGUCCUGCCCAUCUUCUUGGCCAUGCUGGGCAUCCUUGGCACCCUCUUCAUCAUCAUCACCUUCAUCCGCUUCAACGACACGCCCAUCGUCCGAGCCUCUGGCCGCGAGCUGAGCUACGUGCUGCUCACGGGGAUCUUUCUCAUCUACACCAUCACUUUCCUGAUGAUUGCGGAGCCUGGCAUUGGCGUCUGUGCCUUACGGCGCCUCUUCCUGGGCUUGGGCAUGUCCAUUAGCUACUCUGCUCUGUUGACCAAAACCAACCGCAUCUACCGCAUCUUUGAGCAAGGCAAGAAGUCAGUGACGCCACCCAAAUUCAUCAGUCCCACCUCCCAGCUGGUCAUCACCUUCAGCCUCAUUUCAAUCCAGGUCGUGGCUGUGGUCAUCUGGCUGGGGGUCGCCCCUCCCCACAGCAUCAUUGACUUUGAAGAGCAGCGCACACCCAACCCAGAGUUUGCCCAGGGGGUGCUCAAAUGUGACAUGUCAGACUUGUCCAUCAUCUCCUGCCUCAGCUACAGUAUCAUCUUGAUGGUCACCUGCACAGUCUAUGCCAUCAAGGCCCGCGGUGUGCCAGAGAACUUCAAUGAGGCCAAGCCCAUUGGCUUCACCAUGUACACGACCUGCAUCGUCUGGCUAGCCUUUGUGCCCAUCUUCUUUGGCACAGCACAGUCAGCAGAGAAGAUCUACAUUCAGACGACGACGCUGACCAUCUCGAUGAGCCUGAGCGCCUACGUAUCGCUGGGCAUGCUCUACGUGCCCAAAGUCUACGUGAUCAUCUUCCACCCGGAGCAGAACGUGCAGAAGCGGAAGCGCAGCUUCAAGGCAGCGGCCACGGCCGUCAACGCCUCCACGAGGCUCUCGCAGAAAGGGGCACAGAACGGCGAGAGCAAAGACGAGAAGCCGGACAGUCUCCCUAAGGUGAUGUACAUCAGCUACACAGAACUGACCAUGGGGCCCACAUGA